CGAUGCAGCCGGCCACUGAACGAAGCAUACCGAGGCAGGAGGGGAGCAAGGGCGGCAGUGGUGAACAGAAGAAUGUGUGUUCCCUCUCCUCUAACAGGCAGCUGGGAAUGUCGGAGCAGGCAAUGGGCGAUGGCCCAGUUCCCGAACCCACGCAGACAGAGAUGGACAGGAACGGUGUCCCCUAUUCUGGCUCCGAAACAGCUACAAAAGAGGAAAGUCCUGGCCGGGGUCCCCAGAUGGAGUGGAGCCUGACGCCCAGCGCUGAAGUCGCGAGGAAUUGCACCAUCAACAUCAACACAAUGCCACCGAGCCUCCCAGAGAAAAGCAACACUUCUCCGAGAUUCACAGUCAUCAACAAUUACACCAUCAACAUCACCAGCCCAGUGCCAGCCGGACAACCCGAGAAAGUGCCACACAAUUACACAGUCAACAUCCACAGCUCACCGCGGGCUGGCCUUCCAGAGAAAGCGGUGAACAGUUACACCAUCAACAUCAGCAGCCCCACACCAGCCAGCCUUCCAGACAGAGCGGUGAACAGUUAUACCAUCAACAUCGGCAGCCCCACACCAGCCAGCCUUCCAGACAGAGUGGUGAACAGUUACACCAUCAACAUCGGCAACACGACACCAGCCAGCCUUCCAGACAGAGAAACAGGCCACCUUUGACGAUCGGGAACGGAGAUCGAAGGCUGGCGAGGCCUCCCCUUGCCAAACAGUGAGCUGUGGACCACCAGAGGUGAGAGUGGAGCCCUUGGAGUUGAAGAGACGCUGGACCCCUGCGCAGGAGAGACACUGUGAGGGGGCAUGGAGGUGGGGGAGCCCCUUCUGGAGAGGGGACACAGACAGUGCUGCAGAGGGUUAGCCAAGAGAGCCCCCAACAGCAGGAGACUCAGGAACACAGCGAAGCGAGGUGUUUGUCUCAGCUUCGGGAAUUUGUAUUCGCAGAGUGAAUGAAAUAAAUAUUCAUAAUGUUUUUUUUAAACCGA